UACGAUACAUCGUAAGUUUAUAUGUAUGUAUGGACACAUCAUACACAUAUGUCCAUUGCAUUAAUCUCCUAUGACUAUGUUGCUCGUGCCGUUGACGAUCAGCUGUCCAAGUUCUGGAAUUUAAACAUAUUGCGUUUGCGGAACGGAAACCCGUACGGAAAUCAAAUGUAGUUACAUAAGACGACGUUUCAGGGAAAUGAAUCAGUCUCGUUGUGCGUUUAAGAAGAGCUACAAUAUUUUUAGAUAACUAUCGUCCGCGGAAGGUAAAUUCUCGUGUAUCGGGAGACUUUAAGUGUCACGCAAUAUUUCAAACGUCGCUGCCUGUCGGUGUGUGUGUGUGUGUGUGUGUAUGUUUUUUUUUCUUUGAUUAUAUCGGAUACAAAUAGAAUUUUAUGAUAAACUUCGUAUCAAAAUAUCGUUUUAUUUCGUACUGAGAAUACAGUGUUAUAUAGUGUAGUAAUACUUGUGAUAAAUCAGGGUUCGAUUGCUUCCAACGAUUUAAAGAAUGUCCAGUAACCCAAUUGAAGUAGAUCCAUUCAGUGAAGUUGCUUUGGAAAUUGAUAUUUGUGAAGGGAAUGGAAAGGCAAACAACGAACAAAGUACACAAAGUACAAAAGAAGAUACAAAAAGUACAAGUAAUGAACCAACGCAUGCAGAACCGCUAACACCCGAAGAGAUCCGUUGGUUCUACAAAGGUGGAGUCGAUAAAAGAUGGGUAGAGUUUUGUGGAUACGAUAGUUUAAGAAUAGAAGCAGCUUGGCAAGAAAGACAAAGCCUUAUCGAUAAAACUGAUGGGAAAAGUAAUGAAUUGCCACCUGCCGAGAAAGUUGUGGUUAGAGGAGGAAUGUACGACACAGAAAUUGAUAAUAUGAAAUGUGUCUCGAUAUAUUGGCCAGGCGAAGAAUGGGAAAUAAUGAGAGGUACAUGGUACUACGACGGUAGUUGGAUACCAUUGGAAAUAGAACAUUCUAAAGUCAUAGAGGAAGUUCAUCUAAAAUUGUUCCCGAAACAAUCUUCGGAACAUUAUAGGUCAAUGCCUGAAACUAAUGCCUCUUCUUAUUCAUACAAAGUAUUGCACACAGAAUGCUUUCCAGAAUUUCACGUCGACUGGCACUCUAUAGAUUAUGUUGCAUUAUAUAGCGAGUAUACAACAAGUAAAUUAAUGCGCAGUGUUACAUCCAAACUGGGUUUGCCUAAAACCACAGGAUAUCGAUUAAAAAGGGGAUAUAAAGUUCCUGCUACAAUGGAAGAUAAGCCCCAAGAUAUAGACCAUUUAGUCUUUGUCGUUCAUGGAAUCGGUCAAAAGAGAGACACUGGAAAAAUAAUACGCAAUACAACAUCAUUUAGAGAAUGCAUAGAACGACUGAAACAACGAUUUUUUCCAAAUUCAAAUUACAGAGUUGAGUUUUUCCCAGUUGAAUGGAGAUCGUCGUUGAAACUCGAUGGAGAUAUAGUUGAAGCUAUUACGCCAUACAGCGUGUUAAGUAUCCGUCAUCUAUUAAAUACAUCAGCAAUGGAUAUACUUUAUUAUACGAGCCCUCUAUAUGGCGGGGAAGUAAGAGCUGGAUUACAGAAAGAAUUGAAUAGAUUAUAUUUCAUGUUUACUAGCAGACAUCCUGACUGGAAAGGCAAAGUUUCAAUUUUGGCACAUUCGUUAGGUUGCGUUAUCGUAUAUGACAUAGUCACAGGCUGGAUGGGUCCUGACACAAGACCCCCAUCCCCGGAUCAAGAAGUUUUGUUGCAAGGUUUACAAUUUCCUAUUGAGAACUUGUUUUGUCUGGGUUCUCCUUUGUCAGUGUUUUUAGCAUUGCGCACACGUACACCGUCCAAUAGAUUAGAUGUAAUGCCUCAAGGUUUAUGCAAAAGGUUUUAUAAUAUAUUUCAUUGGUCUGAUCCUGUAGCAUAUCGUAUGGAACCACUUUUGGAAAGAGGAUAUAGUAAAGUUGAGCCAGUUGUUAUACCACCAUACGGAGGAGGAGUCGAUGAAUUACAAAUAGAAUCUUCGUCAAUAGUUAAUGCAGAUCAAAAUAUAUCUCCCACUGAGACCGAUGAAAGAGAAGAUAGUCCAGUGGAUGUAUCCAAUCGUAAUACAGAGAAAGGGUGGAGCCUUUGGGGUUUAGUUAGAGCUGGUUGGAAUGUCAAAGAAGGCUCAUCUUCACCAACGCCUGAUUCAAAUCCUCCAAUCCGUCCAGGGCAAGAGCUAACGCAACGUUUGGAUUACGUUUUACGAGCGGUUGGAUUAGGUAGAAAUUAUUUAUAUGCAGUAGUGGCGCAUACUAGAUAUUGGAGUAACGAUGAUGUGGCUUAUUUUGUUCUCACAAGACUAUUUCCAACGUUAGAAGCAUGAUGGCGAUAUCAAUGCUUGAAGCAGAAUUUAAGCAGAUUUUAUUAAAUUUACUAGUCGAUUGCUGGCCUUUUAUACCUGAUAUAAACAGUAGGCCUACCACUAAAACAAUCUGUGAUAAUGGAAAAAACGAUACAAUAACGAUAUAAAAUCUACAUAAAUUGAUGAUUUUAUAUAAUUCACAGUUCAAUAUUAACAUGGUCAAGUUUUGCAGAUAAAAUAAAUUAUAUACGUAUGCGUGCAUUUACGUUCGUGUAUGUGUAUUAACGUAUACACGCGCGCCUACGUGUGCAUCAUACACAUGUUAACUUUGUAUAUUACUUCAUACUAUAAGAAAAGUUAGAUGUGUGUUUUUAUUGUCGAUACAUACAUACAUACAUACAUCCAUCCACCCACCCACACGAACGUAUAAACAUGCAUACAGACUUACACACUUAUGAACACACAUCAUAACACAUACACCUACGUACGUAUAACUCUGUGUGUGUGUGUGUGCGUGUGUGUCAAAUUAUAUAUAUAUAUAUGCCUGUAAAUGCCUGGUUUUAUAACUUAUCAUAAAUAAUUUUUAUUUGUUAUGUUUAAUAAGCAUAUAGUUUAUAAUAGAUAUUUAUUUAAGUAUUUAAUCAUAUACAAUUGUUAACACCAAAAAUACACAUGUACAUUAAUUGAUGACAAAAAAUUAAUAAUGGUAGUCAUCUUUUGGAGUUAGCCAUUAAAACUUUAAUUUAAUUUUAAAUCAUGCAAUCUCCCACUUUGAGGAAUUUUUUAUGGAAAUUUUAAGAAUAAUUAUAUUAUGUAACUAGAUUAUUCAAGUUUCAUAUAUUUGGUUACAUUCUGAUAUAACAAAAUAAUGGAAGAAUAAAAUAAAAAAAAAUUGCUUAAUAAUUUAGCUAAUUAAGCAUAAGGAACAUCUGCCACACAACUACUCGAACCUUUGAGUAAAUAAGGAAGAUUACCAGUCUCUUUGCACAAAUUGUUCAAUUUCCCUAUAGUUCCUACUUGCUACUCAAAGCUUCUAGUCGUAUACAAUACGUUAUGUACGUAUACCUAUAUCUGUAAUCGUACCCAUAUUUGACGACUAUAAGCAUGAGAUGCAGUGGGUUUCAAACGAAAUCAUAUCAUCAUAAAAUUUGGAAAAGUUGUCUUCAUCUGAAGGCGAAGUUAUAAUAUAACUUUGCGCUAACUUGAGAUAUCUAAAUUUAAAUACAUUACUUCUUAUUAACAAAUAUCCUUAACCACAUUCAAAUUUUUUAAACAAAGCACAAAUCAUUGUAAUAUAUUUCUUGUAAUGAUAUGUAUUGUGUGUGUGUGUGUGUGCGUGCGCACAGUGGCUCAGUAAUCAUGAUAUAACCAGGAAAGAACUGACUUCUUGAGAAAUUGAAUCGAAAUUGCAAAAUAACAUUUUUUUAUACGAAAUUUUGUUUUCGAGUAAAUUGAAUGAAAUAUUAAGUAUAAGUACGUUUACACCUAACUUAAUUAUCGUUGAAGAAAUAAUACAAAUCAUAACUUGUUUACAAGUAGCAUUAAAAUCAUAGAUUGAUAAUUUGAUUUCUUCGUCCUUCCUUUAAUCAAUCUUUUUUUUUAUCUUAACUUGAAAUAUCUACUGUUUUAUGUUAUGGCUUUUGCCGUUAAUUAAUCUUUAUGAGAUACUAUUUUCUAUUUGUAAGCAAGAUAUAUCGUAGUUAUAUCUAAAUUCGUUUAAUGACUAUUGAAUUAAAUGUAUAGCACAAUGCAAUUUAUACGACACAAUCGAAGGAUAAAAUGUCUUGCAUAAUUGCAUCAUUCUUCAUUCAUAUUAUCGGCGUUAAUUUUUGUUUAACUAAAUUUUGCUUUAUAAAUAUUCAGACAAAAAUUUUAAUUCAUAUAAGCGCGUACCUUUUAAUUGAUUGAUUAAGAAUUCAGAUACAUAAUCAAUAAAUCGGACAUUGUGAUAAAAUCAGUUCAGAUAAUCGAUUACAUAUAAAUGGAAUUCAACUGUAUAUAUAUCGGAUUGAUAUUCAGGCAAUUUUCUCGAAAACAAAGCUAUUAAUAAAAAAAUUUUAUUUCACAAUUUUGAUUUAUCGACACGUGUAUAUAUAUCAUUGUACAUGUAUAUAUGCGUAAAUCACAUAUAUAUAUAUGUGUGUGUGUGUGUGAUUAUUGGUGUGUGUGUGUGUGUGUGUGUGUCAGAUUUGGUUUGAUUUUCUAAUAAUGAUGUUUUAUAGACACAUCUUUAUAUAUGAACUCAUUUGUUUUUAUAUCAAUCAAUAUAAGAAUAGUAUAACUAAAACGUAUAUAUAAUACAAAGUAGUAUAUAAUUAUAGUAUUAUUAAAAAAUGAAAUUUUCCUUGUAUUCAAAGCAAAGUUCAUUCAUUGUAUAAACAAUUUGCUACGAUUAAAAUGGCCAACGUGAUAGCCAGUGAAAAAUGACCAACAUGAAACAUGCAAUUAGUUAAUUAUUUGCAUGUAUGUAUAUCAUUGAUUUUUUUAUUACAGCUUUUUUAACAUAAUCUUAUUCAAAAUUUUAAUAAGUAGAUAGGUAAUUAAUAAAUAUUCUAUAAAAUAUUAGAUAAGACAAAUUGAAUGUAUUGACUGCAAGGGAACAUGAGUAUUCUUUUGUAGAAUAAAAACAAUGAUUCGUAAUACGUAACAUACGAUAGUUGAAACAGUAAAAUGUUAUCAGUUGGAAGAAACAAUUUGUUUAGUAAUUAUUACAGCAUAAUUUGCUAUUUGCAUUAAAUUAGAAAUGUUAUGUAAUGUUACUAAUCUUAUUCUAAUGUUACAAUAUUCAAAUUUUAUCCUAAUAAAUACUUAUUAUAAUAAUAUUAAGUAAUUUGUAAACAUAUAACAGUUGAUAUUGUAAGAGAACAUAUGUGACCAAGAUUUAAAAGUUUAAUUUGGAAUAUCAUAUCGAGAGAAUUUAAUAUGUAUAUAUUUCAUUCCCUUAUGCAGUUACUACAAAAACAUAAUGAACACGAAAGUAUUUACCAGACAUAUAUGCAAUUAUAUAUAUAUACACGCACCUCCUAACUUUACUUUAAAUUCUUAUUAUUUUUGAUUAUAAAAAGCAAUUGUAAUUGUUUAUCAUACUUAAGACACUUUUUGGUUUUAGCUAGUAAAAGAUAUAAAUCAAUGUUUGAUUAUUAAAUAUAUAUGUUUAUAUUAUUUAUCUAUUCAUAUUUACGUAUACUCCUCACAAAUUAUACGUUAAUUCUUCUUGAAGGACAAAAGAAUUUUGCAUGUAUGUAUGAUAAAUAAUAACAUGCAAUAACUGUUUCCAAAUAUAUAAAAAUUAAUUAAGUACAUGAUAUAGUAGUAUGACAAUAAAAUAAAGAUGAUAGAAUUACUUUCAUAUCAAUCAACAUUGAUAAUCGGGUACGCAGGGACAUGUCUUUUGCAUGAUAGAUUAGUACGAAUACUUGAAAAAUUUGUUUUUACCACCGAUUUUUGUUUUAAUUAAUCUGUCACUUUCACACCUAACGUGUACGAUAGAAUUGAUAUCUUAUUGGUACUAAUCUAAGAAAAAAAGAAUAUUAUUGAAAUUGUAAUACGUAUGAAUUGUAUCCUUAUUUAUAUAAGUGUUUUGAUGGAGGACCGUGGUGACGGCGACUUUUAAUUGUGAAAGAUAACAGCCUGUUCCUACGUACCACGUUAUACUCGUGAUAAUAUCAUAACGAAACAACGGUUAUUCUCUUUUCUCCCUUUUAUAUAUAGUGUAAAUAUUCUAAUAGUUUAUUCAUAUAAGGUAGUCUUUCCUACAGAAUUAUCGAUAAUAUAUAUAUAUAUAUAUAUAUAUAUAUAUAUAUAUAUAUAUAUGAUAGAAAAUUUUAUAUUAUGUAUCAGCGCCACAUCAAAGGAAGUUUAUCUUCAUUAACGAUUAUAUAGUUCUUUACUUAGUUUGCCAUGAAGUAAAUAAAGAGCCAUUUAACAAUUAUAAUAUCUUAUUACAGGGGCGACGUGCGAUCUGUCACUAAAUAUUUUAAUGAUUUUAUAGGAACCUUGUGCUUCCAAUAAAUACACCUUAAUGAGGUUAGAUUGUAUAUAUCAAACUAAUGUUGUAUCACAUUCAUAAUGGUUGUACAAGUUCAUAAAUGCUUAAGUAUUAUGAAAAUAUUAUGUUACGUUAACAUUAUUACAUUUAUGUGCGAUAAUUAAUAAUCUAUUCAAAUAAGGCAAGUGCUGUGAUCUCUUAUUUUUACUACCUUUGUGUAAAUUCAAUCGUCAUUCGAAUAAAGAUAUGUUCCCAACAUCGUACCAGAUUGAAUCACGAUAAUUUUUUAAUAAAAAAUACAUUAAUAUUAUAAUAUUCAA